CUAAACUGAUGCUGUGAAUCCAGCCAGUGUCGGGUCUCCAUCAUCAUCUUCAUCACUGCAGUAAGAAGAAGCAGCAGCAGCAUCACUGCUCGGAGUCACAGCAUCACCGGACAUCCUCACUGCGAGUCUCUCUGCCAUUAUAUCUGCAUCGCAGCUGAAACACGGGACGCAUCGAGGCUGCACAGGAGAAGCAGCGGACAUACACAAGUUUCCCCGCGAUGGUGCCUUUAUUUUUGUUCCUGGUCGUCCGCAUUGGCGCGUCCACCCCACAUCCGACAUCCGCGGGUGAAGUAUGCGAACCGGUUCCGUGUGAGAACGGUGCUGACUGUCCCAGUACACCAGCCGAUGAAAAUGUUUCCUCAUCAGGCUGGGAAGAGCAAUCUGUAAUUGGGCCCUGCCACCCAAACCCCUGUCACAACGGAGGGGUGUGUGAACUCAAUUUUGUCGGGUAUUUGUGCAGGUGCCCUCUUGGCUUCGAUGGUGUCCACUGCCAACACAAUGUUAACGAGUGUGAGAAAAAUCCAUGCAAAAAUGGAGGCAGCUGCACAGACCUGCGAGCAAACUACACCUGCCAGUGUCCCAGUGAAUACAUGGGGCGGAACUGUCAGUACAAAUGUUCUGGGCCUUUAGGGAUGGAAGGGGGGAUCAUUUCGAACCAGCAGGUAACAGCUUCCUCCACACAUCGAGCUCUGUUCGGCCUGCAGAAGUGGUUUCCGUACUUUGCCAGACUUAACAAGAAGGGCCUCGUCAAUGCCUGGAGUGCAGCCGAGGGUGAUCGAUACCCAUGGAUUCAGAUAAAUCUACAGCGGAGAAUGAGGGUGACCGGACUGAUAACACAGGGUGCCAAGCGAAUCGGAAGCCCAGAAUAUGUGAAAUCAUAUAAAGUGGCGUAUAGCGACGACGGGAAGGCCUGGAGCAUGUUUAAAGUCAAGGACACGGAUGAGGACAUGAUAUUCACUGGAAAUACUGAUAAUAAUGCCCCCUCAGCCAACUCCUUCAGUCCACCAAUCGAAGCGCAGUACAUCCGCAUUUACCCACAAGUCUGUAGGAAGCACUGCACACUACGAAUGGAGCUCCUGGGCUGUGAGCUCACAGGAUGCUCAGAGCCCAUGGGGAUGAAGACCGGACACAUCCAGGACUAUCAGAUCAGCUCCUCCAGUGUGUUUCAGACCCUGAACAUGGACAUGUUCUCCUGGGAACCAUCCAAGGCCAGACUGGACAAACAGGGCAAGGUCAACGCAUGGACAUCAGCCCAUAAUGACCAAUCCCAAUGGCUGCAGAUGGAUUUGCUGAUUACCACCAAAAUCACAGGAAUUAUCACCCAAGGAGCCAAAGAUUUUGGGCAUGUGCAGUUUGUCGGUUCCUACAAAGUGGCAUUCAGUAAUGAUGGAGAGAAAUGGCUCAUAUAUCAGGAUGAGAAACAACAGAAGGAUAAGAUCUUCCAAGGAAACUUUGACAACGAAACACACAGAAAGAAUGUGUUAGAUCCACCGAUCUACGCCCGAUUCAUCCGGAUUCUUCCGUGGUCGUGGUACAGACGCAUCACUAUGAGGGCGGAGCUUCUGGGGUGUCCGGAGGAACAGUGAGACUGCGGCACACUGUAUGACAGACUGUGUAAAAAUUGCAUUUCUAAUGGUGAUCUUUCAAGGAUGCUGUUAGGCCUGAUUCAAAAAUGAAAGAUCAAAAAUGUGAUGACUUUGAAUGGAUUUUGUUUGUUUGUUUUUUUCUCUGGAAUUUGCCACAACUUAUGAUGGUUUACAAAUGUUAUUGUCACUGUACAACUGACUACUUUAUUUUAGAGUAUUAUCAGAAAUGGGUCAACUGAAUUCACUCAGGUCAAAGGUCACACGAUAGAAUAGUUCAAGUAUAUGAUUUAUGAAUAUUGGGAGGAGCUGAGAACUGUUGUUGCUAUUCUUAUAAAUUUAUGUAUAUUAACUACUAAAUGUUGUCAUUUGUAAUUUAUUCAAAUUCAAUCAUGCAAAAUCAAUGAAUGAGAAGUAUAGGAGAGUGGGGUAAACUGUGCCGUAUAUCUUCACUUGGAAUGAAACAGACUUGAGACUAAAGGCUUGUUCACACCAAGAUAGAUAACUAUAACGAAAACAAUAAUGUUAAUUAUAUUAGCAUCCACCCAAUGCAUGAUAUCAUUCUCUUUAUUAUAAUCACACACUGCAGUUUGUCAUCAGAUCUAUAGGUGUUUAACUAUUUUUCUGUGGGGUAAAAUCCACAACUGGGAAUUUUGCCAGAGGGCCAAAAAUUUCCCCACUAUGAUUUAAGUGCGUUUUCACAUUGGCCACACUACUAAACUAAAUUUGUAUUGAUUUAUGUAUUCUAACUAAAAUUUCCAACCAUUUGGAUCGCACAGUUUUAAUAUAAAAAACCUGAAAAACACAAAAACCAGGUUUAUACAUUUAUCGUCAAUAAAAUCAAUUGGUUUCAAUCUCAUUAAUGUUAAAUUGCUUGUUUUUACAGCUAGCUAAUUUUUUAUUCAUGUACAUACUUUUUAAGUGAGCAAAUUCACUUGAUUUCUUAAUGAACAAAUGAAAACUGAUUCUAAGCAAUUUGAAUAAAGGCAUUUUGAAAAUAUGAUUAUUUAAAUGAAAUCAGAUAGAUGCAAUAGUUAAUAAUAAGCCAUGCCAUGAUUUCUUUGAGUGGAGAAAUUUGACAUUUCAAGAAAUUUAUUAGUUUAUGUUAUAACUGUGUAUUUCAAAUGAAUAAAACAUUUUUUUUAAUAUAUUUUUAUGACUGUACUGACAAUAGAAAAUGAACCUUUUUUGCUGCACAAUAUUGCUAAUGACCACACCUUAAUACUUAUAAUUAUAUUUCAGGAUGUUGACUGAAAUAAGGAAUAAGUGUCUAAUAAUAGAGGUUCAGUUGCCCCAUGUUAGGGGUAACCUGUGUAAUGUCAAAGGGUAUUUUGACUUUUUUUUUUUUUUUUUUACAAACCACCCCCAAAACAG